ACACCUGAUGUAUUUACCAGUGGUUUUAAACAAUUUUGUAUGAAUAGAGUAUCAUUGAGAGAUUUAUAAAGCGUGGUCGUUAGUUUGUACUUAAUAGAGCCUGCCAAAAGACUAUUGAUAUUGUGUAAUUGUCGCUUUAAACUUGGAAACAUCACAAGUCAUCAAGGAUUUAAUAUAAUAUCGUUAAAUUUUUGCAAAAUGAAUAAUAAACCAAGUGGAAAUGACAGCAGCAGUAGACCUCUGUCUAUUACAGCACCACCAGCUGAACCAGAUCUCCAGCCAGUUGAAAAUCAACCAAGACAACCAACUAAUUUGCAAGGUUUGUUAAGAUUCGCCAUGGAGGCGUCUAAAAAUGAAGAUGCGCCUCAUCAAUCAUCUUUCCAACCUCUGGAUCAAGAAAGAAAAGAAUUUUUGAGCAAAGCCUUGGAAUCGAUGACAGUAAAUGUAAUCGAGGAGUUGCAAAAAUCCGCGAAAAUCCUAUCAAAUGUAAUGGACCUUCGUCAGGAAGACGAUCCAACAGAAUACGAAACAGCUCUGGAGUGUAUAGCGAGUUACGUAGACAGUAUUGACAUCGCCAAUGAUUUCUACAAAAUCGGAGGGUUCGGUCUCAUUGGAGCCUGUCUGAAUUCACCUCACAGCACUAUCAGGUGGAGAGCAGCAGACGUGAUAGCUGAGUUGACGCAAAAUAACCCGUUUUGUCAAGAAAAGAUACUAGCUAUGGGUCUCAUGCCAAUUUUAUUGGAGAUGGUCGACUCUGACCCUUCGGAGCAAGCCAAGAUAAAGGCUCUGUACGCAGUUUCCUGUAUUGUUCGUGGCAAUGCAUUAGCGCUUAAAUACAUGGAUGUUAACGAUGGAUACUCGGUGUUAAUAAGAGCGAUGCAGAGCUCUGUGGAAAAGCUGCAAAUUAAAUCAGCAUUCUUGUUAUCCGCUCUGUGCAGUAAGGACAAUGCGCAUGCUAUUAGAUCGAGUUUAAUUAAAAUGGGUAUCAUUGAACAAGCUUCCGGCUUGUUGGCUAUGAAUAGUAUUAUUGGAGAUACCAGGGAUGCACUGCUGAGUAUUUUAAACAGCUUAACAGCCAACAACAAUUUACCAGCAUUACGUGAAUGCCGAAGACCCGAAUUGUGCUUAAAAGCAACGAUAGAGAGGCAUUUGAAAGACUUGAAAUCCGAAGAAGCUGUCGAUGAAGUUAAACUGUGCAACGAGUUACUCGACAGACUAUUCGCAGAACAAUCACCUUUCGAUCAAGAUAGAUAACUCUCCAAAUGGUCUAUUAUUUAUUAAUUUAAUGCAAUAAUAAUAGCAAAAAAAAUACUAUUAAUUGCGACUAACUUAUAUUAUUUUUUUAAACAAUAAUAAACUAUUUAUUGUGUACUUUAAAAAAUAAUAAAUAUUUGGAUCAAUUAAUAUGUUGUUAUUGCUAUCAAUUGUCCAAUAAUUGAUAUUCAUUUUAUUCAAACAUUAGUAUAAUCGAUUAUCAGUUAAAACGACCAGCUCGCGCCUGAUGAAAUCGGAAUCCAUCUCAACCAGACUAGUUACGUGACUCAACGCACGUCAGCAAAUUUUCGCUUGUCUUAAAAUAAUAUUUUUUAUCUACCUCAGCCUCCGCUUCAUCUCAUUCUUAUUCACUAUACAUUUUUUUUUUUUCGUCGCAAGAUUAAAAAAAUAAACACUAAUUUCUAAAAAGUGUGUUUAUGAUCAGACUCAAAUACGUUCAGCAGAAUUUUAAUAUUUAUCUGACCCACCAUAAACGAUGACGCAACUAGCGUUAUUUACAAAUCACAUUUUUAAUCCAACAUUUAUUACAUCAGUUAAAGCCUAUUGAUUUAUAAAAUAAAUUUUUACUCAAAAAUUAUAAAAACUAAAUAGGGAAAAAAAAAUUUUAACAAUUACGCAGUGGCGUCAGUCGUGAAAUAAAUUUAUAAAGCAAUAACCAAGUCUCGCACGCUAAUGUAUCUCUUUAAGAAAUUCUCUAUUACAUCUUCUAUUUCUUCAAAUAUCUAUAUACAUCUAUAAAUACGUACUUGCAUGUAUGUGCGUACUAAUACAUAUUAAAA